GAUCAGAAAAUGCAGGAGAUCAAGUCACUACAGAUACAACAAGCAAAAUUUGAAGAGGAGAAAAAAACAAGUAAUAAAAAGCUGAAAGAAUUAUCAUCAAGAAUAAAAAAUUCUGAAGAGAUUAUUGAGGAAAGAAAUGAGUCGAUUCGUCGUUUGGAAGCUUCUUUGAAUGAUGAAAGUGAGAAUGCAUUGAGAGCAAAACUCAUCACUGAAAAAGUUAAAGGCGAAGAAAUGAUGGAGUUGAAAUGUGAAUUGAGCAGAACAAAAAAAAUAUUAACUGAUUUAGAGUCGAAAUUAGUUGAGGCUGAAAAAUAUUCCAGGAAUUUGAAGAAUCAGUUAUCUUCAUCAAGAGCAGAAUCAUACAAAAUCAUAAUGGAGAACCAGAGACAGAUCAAACAGAUGGAAAUCGAUUCACAAAACGAAAAAAUCAAACUGGCUGUGAACAAAAUCAAGAGAGAAAAGGAAGAAAUGAAUAAGGAAAUGGAGCUUCAAGGGUCUGAGGAUUCAGAUUCAUAUUCCACCGUGUCUGAGGAAAUACGAAAAUAUGAUGAAUUAGCAGCAAAAUACGAGAUUCUGGAGGAAGAGCAUGUGAUAACUAAGGCUAAAUUGGUAGCAGAAAAGGAAUCUUCAGAAUCGUGA